GACUAAAGUGAUACACUUGAGUUUGAAAUUGGUCACUCAGGAUUUUUUUACCCUCUCUUCCCAUGCUCCUGCUUACGGGUUCUGUGUGAGGCAGAGUGCCCAGCGAAGGCCAGCAUCAUGCCGACUACUUGUGCAAGGUGCACCUUGGGAGUCUGACCCAUCAUGUGCAAAUGGACACCUACUACCGCUGGUCUCCACUCUGACCUCACCUUUGCCGGCUCAGCCCUCCCUUCUUAUCCUUUUCCCUUGUUAUGCCUAUCCCUGCUCUUUCUGGCUUGCUCUUCUCUUGGAGGUUGCCCACCUGCACUGGGGCAUGACCCCCUUCAUGCACUGACACAGGGCACAAACUGCUCGUGGACACUGGAGCGGCACACGCGCAGCUACAACCACCUCGAGGGUGACGUCCGCCUUCGGCGCCUCUAUUCUGCCAACAAGUUCUUUCUCUGCAUCGACAAGACAGGCAAGGUGGAUGGCACCCGUCGGAAGAAUUACCCUGACAGUGACAGGUUUUUGCGAAGUCAAUCCGUUGGUGUAUUAGAGGUAAAAAAUUAUAUAAAUACUGUUCGGUUUCUCGCACAAACCGAUCUGGGCUCCUUAUCUGGGACAGUCAGAUACAGCCCCAGCUGCAAGUUCAAAGAGCGCAUCGAAGAGAACGGCUAUAACACCUACGCCUCGCUGCACUGGAAGCACAGGGGGAGGCAGAUGUUCGUGUCACUGAACGGCCGAGGGAAACCCCGCAGAGGCCACAAAGCUAGACGGAGACACCCAUCUACUCAUUUCCUCCCUAUGCUGGCCACAUAGCUGGACUCUUCCUCAUGAGCAAUGCUAUACCAUCUGCAUUUGAUGGGGACUUAUUAAAUGUUAUUAAGUUCUGGUUUUGUUUUUUUCCCCUGAGUACUGUACAGUACAUUAACUUAUUACUCUGACUCAGCUUAAGACCCAGUUCAGUUUAAAGCAAGGGUGUUAAUAUGAUGUAUAUACAGGUUACGUAUUAAUGUUAUUGUUGAGUUAACUAGGCAUUUUCUGCAUCUAUCUGUUAUCCUAUUAUGGCAGAUUUCUGACUGACAUCACCAACCUAGUCUCAUUGUAAAAAAAACAUACUGUACAUACAAUUCCC